UUUAAAAAAAUAUUUUAAAAUAUUGAAAUGUUCUUGCUGCUGCAUUUGGCAGCCAGAGAUCCUAUUGAAGGGUAUGAUUAUCUCUCUAGUCUAAUCAGUUUCUUCACUAAAUUUAGGAACUACUGUGUUUCUUCUUCUGCUAGUGAAGAGAAACAUCUUGAGGAAGAAAGAGCUGAAAAGGAUAAGAAACGGAGAGUUGAAGCUUUGUCGGUUUUUUCUGAGAUGAUAGAAACUGAUCACAUGAUGGAUUCUUACUGGUCUGACUUGAUAUCUCAUAACCGCCCUACUAAAAUCGAAGUCGAAGUUCAUGCUCCGGCUCAAAGGAAAAAGAGGAAAACUUCAAGACAAACAUCUGCUCUGAUUUAUGUUCCUGUUGUACAAGCCACAGAACAUAUUCAAAUUGGAAUAGCUUGUCCCACUAUGAAGCAAGUGCUAUCCUCAGAUAGGCCCAUAAUCAGUGUCAAUGCAAAGAUAGUCGAUAGGUGUAUGCCUACAGCUUUGGUUUUGAAUUUCAAUAAAUCCAGUCCUCUUCCUUCUGAAGUUGAUCUGAUUAGGAUUUUCUGUCGCUAUGGGCCCAUAGUGGAAGUAGCAACAGAAGUUCAACAGGAGAGCAACAACAUCAAACUAAUUUUUAAGCGGCUUACUGAUGCCGAGAUGGCUUUUAGUAGUGCCAGAAAAUAUGGAUGGUUUGGGCCAUCACUUCUCAGUUAUCAUCUCAGAUAUCUAUCAUCAACACCAGAUACUUUUGCUGACAUCCAACAAUCAGACAAUUAUGCUGCACUACCAGAACAUAGCAACUUGGAAACUCCAGGGAAUGAUUCUGAACAGUUGCAUUCUUGCUUAUGAGAUUUGGAAGAUGGCAUCAGAGUUUACAAAUCUCAAGUACUCCAGAGUUGAAAUUGAUGAAGUACGG